AUGGCCUUGCCUGUUGAUAUUCCAGACAUCGAACAUUAUAUGAACUCAUUCCUACUGGAUCAUCGACUGGAGACGCAGAACGAGCCCAUCAUUAAGAGUUCUUCCAAGAAUGACAUCCAGAAGGCCAGAACUAUCAUCACGACCUAUUGGAAAAGUACCGGCGAGCUUGCUGGUGUCAGUACAAGAUACUCAGAGGUAGGCAGCGUGCAGCUCAUUGGAUCCAACCGCGACAUCGCAAAAGCUGAAGAUUUUCAAUUGCCAGACGGUGCAUGGCUUGCUGCUAUCAUUGUGUAUAGCGUGGGUGGACUUGAGAAGAUUGACGACGAUGAUGGUGACAGUGACUGGGCCAGCGAGAGCGAGUGA